AUGGCCACAGCCUCGGCACUCGGAAAAGUCUCGAGAGAAGAGUUCCGGCGUCAAAAGGAUCUCGACGCCGCUCGAAAAGCCGGUAAUGCCCCAGCCGAAGUGGACGAAGAUGGGAAUGCCAUCAAUCCUCACAUUCCUCAAUUCAUGGCUCAGGCGCCUUGGUAUAUGAACACCGGUGUCCCAUCUCUGAAGCAUCAAAAGGGGAAAGAAUACAACGCGGAUCCUGCUAAGCUGAAGGAACAGGUUUCUCGGGGAAUAAAAGUUCAUGCAGCCACCAAGUACAGAAAGGGGGCAUGUACUAACUGCGGAGCGAUGAGUCAUCAAGUGGUCGAUUGCCUCGAACGACCCCGAAAGAAGGGAGCCAAAUGGUCGAACAAAGAUAUCGCACCAGACGAACUAGUGCUCGGUUCAAAGGACGAAGAGGAUUGGGAUGCGAAGCGGGACCGAUGGGAUGGAUACGAUCCAGCUGAACACAAGAAGGUCGUUGAGGAGCAUCAAGCACUUGAACAGGCCCGACAGAAGAUGCGAGAGGAACAACUCGACAAGAGCACCGAUCUCAAGGAGGUCAAGAAAGUCGCCAGGGCCGGUAAGAUGGCCAAGAAAAAGACCGCCGAAGAGGAAGAGUUCGGAAGUAGUGACGAGAGUGACGACGAGGAUGAGGAUAAAUAUGCCGAUGCGGCCGACCAGGCCGGGCAGAAGAUGGACGCUAAAACCCGAAUGACCGUUCGAAACCUUCGGAUUCGUGAAGAUACUGCGAAGUAUCUCAUGAAUCUCGACACCGAAUCUUCCUACUAUGACCCGAAAACUAGGUCGAUGAGGGAAGCCCCCAGAGUCGAUAUUGCGCCCGAAGAUGCCAAAUUUGCGGGAGACAAUUUCCAUCGAGCGUCAGGAGGUGCCUCGGAGGUCCAAAAGCUACAACUCUUCGCGUGGCAAUCGGAGCAGCGAGGAAAUGACGUGCAUAUCAACGCCAAUCCGACGCAGGGUGAACUACUGCACCAGGAGUUCUUGAAAAAGAAAGAAAAGCUGAAGGAGACCAGUAAAGUCGGCAUCCUCGAACGCUACGGUGGUGAGGAACAUUUGGAACGGGUGCCUAUCGAACUCCUCAGCGGGCAAACCGAGAGCUAUGUGGAGUAUUCUCGGACGGGUGUGGUUGUUAAAGGGCAAGAGAGGGCGAAGGCAAAGUCGAAAUACGACGAAGAUGUCUAUCCGGGUAACCACACCUCUGUCUGGGGUUCGUGGUACGACACGACGAAGAUGGUCUGGGGAUUUUCCUGCUGUCACUCGACCACAAAGCAAUCGUACUGUACCGGCAAGGCGGGGAUAGAAGCGGCGAACGACCAAGUGAACGCGACUGGGACCCGUGCGCUGGGCAGCUCGAGCGGGGGUGGGGAGAAGGGCAGUAAUGGGGGAGAGACCAAGAGCCUGGUGCAGCAGAUCGAGGAGAACAUCAAACGGAAAGCCGCCGAGGCCGCCGGAGCCGGGGACGCCAAGGGAAAGAAGCGGGCAGCCGAGGCUGAUCUCGCCCGUGAAGAACGCGAGCGCGAGCGGGACGGUAAGAAGCGCUUGGACGGCCGGGCCGACGUUGGUCAGCUUGAUCGGGACAAACUCAGUCAAGCUAUCCAGGAGGAGAAGCGCAGGAAGAAGAUGGAAGGAGAUGAGGAGCUCUCGUACAAUGCUCAAGAUGGCGGUGAUUUUGGGAUCACCGAAGAACAGCUCGAGGCAUAUCGAAUGAAUCGUGAUUUAGGCCACGAGGAUCCAAUGAAUAACAUCGCAACAGACGAGCUGCUUCCCCUCUAA